GGGCGGGGCCGCGUCGGGGCGGGCGGGCGCGCGGGCCCCGCGGGGGCGGCGCGUGGAUGGAUCCGCGCGUGGCCUGGAUCCAGCCCGAGCAGAAGGGGCCGGCCAAUGCCCUGUGGAUGCAGAUCUGGGAGACCUCGCAGGGCGUGGGCCGCGGCGGCUCGGGCUUCGCGUCCUAUUUCUGCCUCAACUCGCCGGCGCUGGACACGGCGGCCGCGGCGGGGGCGGCCGGGCGGGGCGGUGGCGGCCUGGGCCCCGCGCUGCCCGCCGCGUCGCCCCCGCCGCCCGGCCCCGCCGCGCCCGCCGCGCUGCCCCCCGCGCUGCUGACGGCGCUGGGGCCCGCGGCCGAGGGCGCGCGGCGCUUGCACAAGUCGCCGUCGCUGUCGUCCUCGUCGUCGUCCUCCUCGUCCAACGCGGAGUCGGGCACCGAGAGCCCCGGCUGCUCGUCGUCGUCCUCCAGCAGCGCCUCGCUGGGCCGGCCGGGCGGCGGCCGCGGCGGCGCCUUCUUCAACUUCGCCGACGGCGCGCCCAGCGCCCCUGGCACAGCCAACGGGCACGCCGGGCCGCGCGGCCCCGCGCCCGCCGGCUCCCCGUCGCAGCACCAGUUCCACCCGGGUCGCCGGAAACGCGAGAACAAGGCCAGCACCUACGGCCUCAACUACCUGCUGUCCGGCAGCCGCGCGGCCGCUCUCAGCGGAGGGGGCGGCCCCGGGGCCCAGGCGCCGCGGCCCGGCACCCCGUGGAAGAGCCGCGCGUACAGCCCGGGCAUCCAGGGGAGAGGACUGGCCUGUUUCUGUGUUGGGUUCCUUCCUGAGUGUGGCUUCCAGCUCAGUGGCUCAGACUCCAAGAUGAAGACUUCAGUCCUGGUUGUACUACAUGAGGAAAUAAUUGACUUUUAUAACUUCAUGUCCCCUUGUCCUGAAGAAGCAGCUAUGAGAAGAGAGGUGGUGAAACGGAUCGAAACUGUGGUGAAAGACCUUUGGCCGACGGCUGAUGUACAGAUAUUUGGCAGCUUUAGUACAGGUCUUUAUCUUCCAACUAGCGACAUAGACCUGGUGGUCUUCGGGAAAUGGGAGCGUCCUCCUUUACAGCUGCUGGAGCAAGCCCUGCGGAAGCACAACGUGGCUGAGCCGUGUUCCAUCAAAGUCCUUGACAAGGCUACGGUACCAAUAAUAAAGCUCACAGAUCAGGAGACUGAAGUGAAAGUUGACAUCAGCUUUAACAUGGAGACGGGCGUCCGGGCAGCGGAGUUCAUCAAGAAUUACAUGAAGAAAUAUUCAUUGCUGCCUUACUUGAUUUUAGUAUUGAAACAGUUCCUUCUGCAGAGGGACCUGAAUGAAGUUUUUACAGGUGGAAUUAGCUCAUACAGCCUAAUUUUAAUGGCCAUUAGCUUUCUACAGUUGCAUCCAAGAAUUGAUGCCCGGAGAGCUGAUGAAAACCUUGGAAUGCUUCUUGUAGAAUUUUUUGAACUCUAUGGGAGAAAUUUUAAUUACUUGAAAACCGGUAUUAGAAUCAAAGAAGGAGGUGCCUAUAUCGCCAAAGAGGAGAUCAUGAAAGCCAUGACCAGCGGGUACAGACCGUCGAUGCUGUGCAUUGAGGACCCCCUGCUGCCAGGGAAUGACGUUGGCCGGAGCUCCUAUGGCGCCAUGCAGGUGAAGCAGGUCUUCGAUUAUGCCUACAUAGUGCUCAGCCAUGCCGUGUCGCCGCUGGCCAGGUCCUAUCCAAACAGAGACGCCGAAAGUACUUUAGGAAGAAUCAUCAAAGUAACUCAGGAGGUGAUUGACUACCGGAGGUGGAUCAAAGAGAAGUGGGGCAGCAAAGCCCACCCGUCGCCGGGCAUGGACAGCAGGAUCAAGAUCAAAGAGCGAAUAGCCACGUGCAAUGGGGAGCAGACGCAGAACCGAGAGCCCGAGUCUCCCUAUGGCCAGCGCUUGACUUUGUCGCUGUCCAGCCCCCAGCUCCUGUCUUCAGGCUCCUCGGCCUCUUCUGUGUCUUCACUUUCUGGGAGUGACGUUGAUUCAGACACACCGCCCUGCACAACGCCCAGUGUUUACCAGUUCAGUCUGCAAGCGCCAGCUCCUCUCAUGGCCGGCUUACCCACCGCCUUGCCAAUGCCCAGUGGCAAACCUCAGCCCACCACUUCCAGAACACUGAUCAUGACAACCAACAAUCAGACCAGGUUUACUAUACCUCCACCGACCCUAGGGGUUGCUCCUGUUCCUUGCAGACAAGCUGGUGUAGAAGGAACUGCGUCUUUGAAAGCCGUCCACCACAUGUCUUCCCCGGCCAUUCCCUCAGCGUCCCCCAACCCGCUCUCGAGCCCUCAUCUGUAUCAUAAGCAGCACAACGGCAUGAAACUGUCCAUGAAGGGCUCUCACGGCCACACCCAAGGCGGCGGCUACAGCUCUGUGGGUAGCGGAGGUGUGCGGCCCCCUGUGGGCAACAGGGGACACCACCAGUAUAACCGCACCGGCUGGAGGAGGAAAAAACACACACACACACGGGACAGUCUGCCCGUGAGCCUCAGCAGAUAAUGGCUCCUGGCUGCGUCAGCCUCCCCCACCCCUCCGCAGACUGCCCCGCGGCCUCGGCCACCGGCAGGGGAACCGAGACCAGCACCCCGCACGUCAGCCGGGCUCGCGGCACGCCCGCCGCUGAUCACUCUGCAUGUUUCUUUGUGUGGUGGUCGCGUCCAUCUUCAAGAACAGCUCGUUGUGCUCAUCUGUGAAGCCUUAUUAAACGUGGACGUUGUUUUCUGCCUUCCCAGGAUUCUUCCUUCAGUGCUGAGGCAGGUCGGGCUCAGGAACUGCAGGGACGUGAACAUGCGCUUGCGGUUUGAGGUAGCCGUGUCUGUUCCUUCGCGGUUUGCUAUUUUCAUUUCCUGUUCGUCAAAGCAGCAGAGGAGAUCAAACCCCGUUCGUGUGUCUUUCCUCCACGGAUAGGCUUGGGAGGUCAUUGUUUUACUGCCCUCACAUUUUGUUUGAAAUUUCAGAACUGUUUUUCUAUGUAAAUAUUGAAAACUUAUGAUUUGUGCAAUAACUCAGAUAUUUUUUAUUUAAUUUCCUAUUUUCACAUAAGUUAUAUUUAAGGGAGGAGGGAAUUUUUUUUAAACAGGCUUAGGUCCUUUCCCGAGCUGCAUUUUCUAAGUUGGGUCAUCGUGUCGGCUGGUUGUCUGACGAGCAUCGUUACAAACACCAUGAUAUGAGGGGUUUGGGGUUUUAUUUUGAUGUCUUUUCUUUUGGUCGGAAGUGAGUGAAGGAGCCAGGUCGCCCUGAAGGUUUUCCAAAGGGCUUGGCUCCAGAGCCACCUGACAGACUGCCCGUGGCCCUGCUGUCGGGCCCCAGGCCGUUGUCUUGCUCUGACCACAGAGUUUUAAUGUUUUGGUUUUCAGUUCUUUUAAACUGGACAACAAAUCCAGCAUUUCAAGUGCCAGAAGUAUAACUUUCUAAGGAGAGAAGGGUUGUCACAUUAUAAAGUCUUUAGGAAAAUGUGAACUGGAAAACGCUUCGGUCAGUUUUAGUGACAUAGCCUGUGAUGAUGGGUCUGGUGACUAUUAUUGUGGACCGUGGUACCCAGUUUUAGGAAUGUGGAGAAAGGAAUUCUGUUGAUUCCAUUGAGGAAUCUGUAGCGUAUGCAUUCGUUCUGUUAAGAGCAAAUCUAGGAGAAGUGCUUCAGCUGCCCAGUGCGCCGUGGGGAGUGUUUUAACGGAUCGUGUCGCAGGAGAGCACAGCCCAGCGUUGGGGCCGGGACCGCUGGUGCCCGACGUCGGAAGCAUACAGGUAUACUAUGCAAGUGUAUUCUGCCACAACAACCACUGUCUUUGUUACCUUUUUUUGAACAAGAAUAUAUCCAUCCUGCCUAACCCUGAGUUUUUGGAGCACCACAGUUGUCCUGGGAGUUGGUUGCAUCUUGUAGGCCAUCUGACUUCCUGUUUUUAAAACGGGGGUCUGGUCUUGCUAAACACUACAGGUAGGUUGGUCUUUGAAGUCCACUAGUGGAGAAUGUCGAGACAAGAUACUUAUUACCAUGACAUCUGAUGGAUGUGCAGCAGUGGGGAGUUCUAGAUUGAUCUCUGAAUGUGAUCGACGCCCAGCAAGGACAAGCUUUAAAAUGUCUGCGGUCUGCCCUUUUGAAGCAGGACUGGCUCACUCUGUCAUUGGGAGCUGUCAGCUGCGACUGCAGGUUCUCUAGGAGGCAUUCCAGAAUAGAGUAGCACACUGUGUCUGCAGUUCUCGAUGACCGAAAGUUAUCAAAAAUAUUUAAAAUAUUUAAAUUGUGAACCUAUUGAUAAAGAAUAUUUAUAAAAACUGAUCUGUAGGCCUGUACUAAUCUCUACGCAUUAGCAAUAUUGACUGUAAACCCACAUUAAGGAAACCACUACGGGUCUGGCAGUGCGUGUCCCGUGGGGUGUGCAUUUUAAAACUCGAUUCAUAGACACAGGUACCAUGUUCCAUUUCCGUCAUGGUGAAGCAAAUGAAUUGGCCUGGCUACCACUGUGGUCGCGUGCUACAGGUUUGACAAAAAGAUAUCAUGUUUCGAUUUUUUUGUGUGUGGACAACAAUAUGGAAGCUAAAAUUGACAUAUUUUUAUGUAAAGUUUUUCUAUUCUUUGAUUUUUAAUAAACUUUGGAAACCA